AUGUUUCGGGAGGCAAUCGCCGUGUCCGCCGCCACGACGCGGUGGGCGAGUCAUCAAACUCAGUGGACUCGUGACCACGACAAGCUCUUCGAGCGAGCUCUUUUGAUCGUGCCGGAGGAUUUGCCGAACCGGUGGGAGAAGAUCGCUGAGCAAGUUCCGGGGAAGUCGGCGGCGGAAGUUAGGGAUCACUAUGAGGCUUUGGUUCAUGAUGUGUUGGAGAUUGAUUCCGGUAGGGUUGAGGUUCCGAGUUACUCUGAUGAAUCGGCGGUGAGUGGUGCGGGGUUGAAUGAAUGGGAUUCUUCUAAUCAAAUUUCGUUUGGUUCCAAGGUUAAACAUGGCGGUGGUGAUAACGAGAGGAAGAAAGGAACGCCGUGGAGUGAAGAAGAACAUAGGUUGUUUCUUAUUGGGCUUAGCAAGUAUGGAAAAGGUGAUUGGAGAAGCAUAUCAAGAAAUGUUGUUGUGACAAGAACACCAACGCAGGUAGCUAGCCAUGCUCAAAAGUACUUUCUUCGCCAGAACUCGGGGAAGAAAGAGCGGAAAAGAUCAAGUAUUCAUGACAUUACUUCUGUAGACAGUAACUCUGCUCCUACCCCUAUUGAUCAGAACUGGGUUCCUCCUCCUGGUGGUGGUUCAAUGCAACAGUCUCAAGAAACGCAGCAUUAUCCAUCAAACAAUUUUCAAGAUCCAAUGGGUACAUUUGGGUAUUCAAGUUAUAGUUAUCAGAUGUAA